UGACUACAUACUCUACCAACUCUACGUCAGAAAAGGAAAUUAUUGAACUAUUACUGCUGAUUUAAAGAAUUUUUUCAUAUUAUAAUUAGUGAAUUCAGUGUAAAAAUAGUUUGAAAUGUUUUGAGCUCAUAUCGUGGCCAUCUCGUGGAGUAUGUGCUGUUUGGUGAGCAAUUCGUAGCAUAGAAGACAACGCGACUACAGCGCUAUGCCAAAACCAAUUCGCCAGCUAGCGAGGCAGCAGUGAAUACCAAGUUGCAAUAACUGAGAGAGAGCUAAAGGACAAUGUGGCCACGAUUUCUUGGCCGACGUAUACUCUACAUAACCAUCACAUUUCUUGCCGUAAUAUUUCUACUAACAAAUUUACUUAAGUUUGGCGGUCUGCGUGCACUACAUGCAGACAAUGUGUUUACCGUACAACGAACACGUCCGCUCAUCUGGCGUACACUACAGGAACAUCUACUGCCCGAAGAGUCACAAAAUCGCACCAAUGAUCCAGACAUUCAAUGCCGUAAUUCCGUGCAGGGACGCGAUUUGCUCGUCGAUGAUCGAGGUUUUCUCUGCCGACGCGAACAUCUCUUGUCGCCCAGCAGUUGUUGUGAUAUCGAAGUGCCCGAAACGCAGUACUACACAUGCGAUACAUGUAAUGCAACAACACAUUGUUGUGAUAUAUAUGAAUAUUGUGUAUCUUGCUGUCUGCAUCCAUCGAAACGUACACUGCUGGAGCUAGUGCUACGCACCAUAACCGGACGGCAAGCAGCUGUUUAUGCACGUGUGGAGGAUCAUUUCGAAUUGUGUUUGGUCAAAUGCCGCACUAAUUCACACUCUGUGGCGCAUGAAAACAAAUAUCGUGAUGGCACGCCCAAAUAUUGUUAUGGUCAGACGGAAGCGCACGAAUCGCAACGUGAAGUGUCGGGUGGUGUGGCACGUUGAUUGUGCUCCCAUAUAAAUUGCGUGCGGGCGUGAGAUGUGUGUUUGCUUAAAAAAAUUUGCUUUGUGUGCAUAUUAAUGACUGACUGAGGACAUCUACAUUUAGUUUAAUAGUAGUAAUAAUAAGUGGGGUUAUUGGCUUUAUUUGCAGGAGAUUAUGAAGCAAACCAACAAAGUUAUUUUUUAACAAACUUAAUUUAAUUUAAUUUAAUUUAACUCUGCCAAUGCUUUUUAUACAUAAGUUGUUAAUAUUUUAUGUCUAAAUGAAAAUAUUUAUGCAUGACUUAGUUGGAAUAACUGUAAAUGACGAUCAAGUUAGUUAGUAAUUAGUUCUUUAGCUAACUAGAGUGACAUUCUUUAAAAAGAAAACUAAAACGGGAAAUUAUCAUGACAAAGAAAUCUUAAGUAUUAAAUUAUUAUUAAUACGGCCCAGGUAUAAUUAGAUUUAAGUUCUCUAGUUUUAUCUUACUUCUCAAGUAAUACUCUACACUUUUGUUUACCAAAAGUUGAAAAUUAAUAUUAAUAAUCACAUUAAUAAAAAUA